AUGUUGACCAAACAGAACGAACUGAAAGUCAUAGACUUCGAUGGAGCUUUGAGAGCUGACAGCGUCCUCAACCCUGACGAGUUAGCCAAAGGGAUAGUCGCAUUCAUGUCCAAUAUGAGGUUGGGAGGGGGAAGGCCUCCCCAAGUCGUGGCCUCUCGAAAGAUGGACAUCUGGAGCCUCGGUGUGACCAUUUGCGAGGUCUUUAGCGGUAAGAUAGUGAAGCCGAUCUGGAAGUCCUCCCGGUAUAUGCCCUACUGCAGAGGUGCUGGCAUCCUUCGCUGGAAGUCAUAA